AUGGAUGAAGCAGAUCAGUCACCGCAAAAAGCGCAGCUAGUCAUAGACCCCGAUGUUCAGUCAAGAAGGAGUGCGCUUCCCGCACAAUCACCAUACAUGGAUCGCACAAAACACUUGGUCGGCUUGAUGACGGACAGAGACACUGUCACUCCGGAUUCCAACGCUGUGACCGCAUCACCACUUCAUGCCGCGGAGGCCAAAGACAGUGACGGCACACCACCAAACGACAUGGAAAAGUUCGAGACUAGUGGAGAUGCGGGCGCAGAUAUGGACGAAGGUAUAUGGCACGAACGCGCACCCUGGGCUGCACCGCCGUCACCUAGCCCAAAUCCCCUCGCAGGCCUUGCCGACCCCCAUGAGUCCCAUCCAGACUUAACACCAAUACGGGAAGCAGCAAACAGCUGUUCCUCGCGGACGCAUGCCGAAUCACUCCCGGUACCUCCACGUCGUCUCUCUUCCCUCUUGAACAAGGCUAUAACCUACCUCGGCAGCUGCAUUGGCGGCUACUUCACAUCCGCGCCCGGCGUAAUCGAGUACUCCGGCGCGGACAUCCUGCGAAAUACUCAAAUUGGUAUUGAGGCUGAGGAGAUCACAUUCCCGAACAAGCCUGCAGUGAUCAAAAUCGUAGCUAUCGUCACCGACAGCUAUGGCGCAGACAGAGAGAAAGAUGAGAAAUACGAGGCAGUAGAAAGGCGUGUGGAGUUACGGGCAAAGCCUAAGCGAGUGAAGGAGAUCUUGCGAGGAGAGAGAUAUUACAUUGCCGAGGAUUAUUAUAGGAAGGAAAUUCGGCUCGCGUUUAAAGCUUUAGGAAAGCUGUGA